CACCAAUAAAGCGGGGGGUCCGGGGGCCCUCCCACGGAAAAAUGGUGCUAUUUAAGCAUUUUCCAUACCUACAUGUAACAGUUUCUGUGCUACUGUAACUUCCAUGCAUGAACCCACUAUGUCCAUAAAGUAGUCCGUAUAAUCACUAGACUUGUUCAUUAAAUAUGUUGAGACGUUAUAUUGUAAAUCAGAUUAGACAUUCCUGGCAUGCAAGUUAAAAAACUUUUUACCAGUUACCAGUUGUAGUAGGAAUUACAAUGCAAGCGAUUUCAAGGCGCCCCCACAGCUUUGCGCCCGGCGCGUAUGCCCCGCUUGCUCCCCCUUAGUUGCGGCCCUGGGUGGUGGAGUCCGAGCGUGCCGCUCUCUCUGCGCCGGACAGUGGCCCGGACGACGGUGUUCGGCAUCUGUAUCUCCCGCUGGCUGCUGCAACCCCCCCGCAGGAAGCACCAGUUCACCGGGCUGGAGCGGGAAGCGUGGCACCACCUCACGAGCAGGUUCCCCGCCGUGGCGCAGGGCAGCGCGCAGCUCGCGGAGAUGUUGAGCGCCGAGGAGUUGGCGCACCUGCUCUCCGCCGACCAGCUGAACACGCCCUCCGAGCUGUUCGUGUGGCAGUGCGCGCUGCACUGGGUGCAGCACCGGCCGGCGGAGCGCGCCAGGCACCUGCCUGUGCUGCUGGCGGCCGUGCGCCUGCACCACAUGGACCGCCGCGCGUUCUUCAGGCAGGUGGCGAAGAACCCGCUCGUGGUCGCCGACAGCCUGUGCCAGCCCGCCGUGAGCGCGGCCUCGGAGUUCUUCUACAGGAGGAACGCCGGGUUGGCGCGCGCCGUGGAGCCGCGCCUGCCCCACCAGGUGAUGUUCGUGGUUGGCGGCUGGACCGACCAGGGCCCCACGACCCACGUCGAGACCUACGACACCAAGGCGAACGAGUGGCAGCAGGUUCUCGUGGAAGAAGAGGCGGGGCCCAAGGUGUACCACGCCACGGCCGUGCUGGGCCACUGCAUCUACGUCAUCGGCGGGUUCGGCAGCGACGAGUACUACAGCACGUGCCAGAGCUUCCACGUCGUCACCAAGACGUGGGCCGACCUGUCGCCGAUGAACGCGCGCCGGUAUUAUUUGGCUUCAGCGGUACUUGGGAACGAUAUCUACGCAAUUGGAGGUUUGGAUGGUGUACGUAGACACAGAUCCGUGGAAAAGUACAACCCCUACGAUAACCAGUGGCGUUUCGUGGCGUCCAUGAACUCGAAAAGGUCAGAUGCUGGCGCCACUGAGUUCAAUGGGAAAAUUUACGUUGUUGGAGGAUUCGAUGGGUUUGAAUGCGUAAAAUCUGCAGAAGUAUAUGACCCAGACGCGGAUCAAUGGACCUUCAUUCGACCAAUGAUAAGCCGAAGGAGCGGCAUCACCUGUGUGGUAUAUCACGGAUACAUCUAUACUGCAGGUGGUUACAACGGCUCCGCGUUUCUCAGCUGUUGCGAGCGGUUUAACCCAGUCACCAACUCGUGGACAAGCGGACAUAACAUGAGAUCUCGCAGAGGCAAUUUGGCGCUCGGAGUGGUUAAUGACAAGAUUUAUGCUAUUGGUGGCUCAGGCGGAAACUAUAUCAUGAAGACAGUGGAACACUUCGACGACUCCACAAAUGAGUGGUUGCCGGCAGCUGAUUUAAGAGUUGCGAGGUAUGGAACGUCAGCCAUUGUCGUUGAAGAUAUCCCAAACGUCUUGGACUACGUGAAGAGGAAACUGGCUGUCCCCAGGGUCCAGGCAAGGGAAAAGAUUGGUUCCAGUUCGUGCGCUGCCACACAAACGGACCGCAGCCAUCACUUGAACACAUCAGAUUCGGAGGAUGAGGAAGUUUGAGAGAUAAAUAGGGUGAAGAUUCGUGUAGAAAAUUUCCUUGUCCAACUUUUGAACCAUUUUAUGAAUCCACUUAAUACUACAAAAUAUUUCAAUUAAUUUUCCAGUUUUCAUGUAUAUAUGUUAACAUUAUAACAGUUAGUUAGGAAAUAUUUCUGAAAGAAAGAAAAGAAAAAGUAUGAAUUAGCAAAACCAUUAAUCAAUGCAAAAUAAAAUAUGUGGAAGCUAAAUAAUUGACUGUUCGCACAAUGUUAUUAGGUAUAUUCUUUCCAAUAAAAUUUAAAUUUAAAUUUAAAAA